AUGUCUCUUUCGGCCAUCCCGCCGGAAGUACAGGCCCGUCGUAGGGAAGCAGAAGAGCGCUUUCCCAGAUGGGCUCUAAGGAAGAUCGACGCGGAUCUCCUCAGGGCGGCUAUGAGCGUAUCGCUCUGGGCGAAGGAUCCGGCGGCCUCCUCGGAAGAUGUGGACGAAGCUGCCGGCUGGAUCGGGGGAGUUAUGAAGGCUGCAUGCGACGCUGCCAUGCCCCUCGUCACGCCGAUGAAGAGAAAGGCGGCCUAUUGGUGGACGGAAGAGAUCGCCGAGCUGCGGCGCUCCUCUGUCCGGGCCAGACGCCGCUGGUUGAGGGCUAGACGUAGCCAGGACUAG